UAAAUUCCGGUGUCUUAUUACACAAUAGGGUGACUAUAGUUAAUAAUGUGUUGUAUGUUUCAACAUAGCUAGAAUGAAGGAUUUUCAAGGUUCUUACCACAAAGAAACUAAAUAUUUGAGAUGACAGAUAGGCUAAUUACCCUGAUUUGAUCAUUACCUUUACCAAGUGGUUAAAGUUAAUAUCAUCAGUAGUAAGACACAUAAAUAUCACGUACCCACCAAGCAAGGUACAUCACUUCUGUGAUUGUCUUGCCAAAAAAUGCAUAAACCAAGUCUAAUCAUGAGCAAACAUCAGACCGUCCAAACUGAGAGACAUUCUGCAAAAAUAACUGACUGAUGUUAUUCCUAAAUGUCAAGGUCAUAGAAGGCAGAGAAAGAUUAAGGAACUAACACAGAUUGGAGGAGACUAAGGACACAUAACUAAAUGCAAUAUGGAAUCCGGACCAGAAAACACUUUCCUUAGUGGAAAAAUUGGUGAAAUUCAAAUAAGGUACCAAAGAUAAUACUAAGAGAUGUAAUCUCAGAGAAAAAAUUUCCAAAUACAUGGACAGAGCGGAAAACAUAAAGAAGUACGUGGAGCAAGAAAAAGAAGAUGGAAAAUAUCACAAGCAAAUUAAAAUAGAAGAGAACGCAACAGGCUUCAGUUACGAGUCACUUUUUCGCGAAUAUCUUAAUGAGACAGUGACAGAAGUUUGGAUAGAAGAUCCUUAUAUCAGGCAUACUCAUCAGCUGUAUAACUUUCUUCGAUUUUGUGAGCUGCUUAUUAAGAGACCAUGUAAAGUAAAAACUAUUCACCUUCUCACCUCUCUGGAUGAAGGCACUGAGCAAGUGCAGCAAAGUAGGGGCCUGCAAGAAAUAGAAGAGUCACUCAGGAGUCAUGGAGUGCUGUUGGAAGUGCAGUACUCUUCUUCAAUACAUGACCGAGAAAUUAGGUUCAACAAUGGAUGGAUGAUUAAGAUUGGAAGGGGACUUGAUUAUUUUAAGAAACCACAGAGUCGUUUUUCUCUUGGAUAUUGUGAUUUUGAUUUAAGACCAUGUCAUGAAACAACAGUGGACAUUUUUCAUAAGAAACAUACAAAAAAUAUAUGAUGGGCAGUAGCCUAAUUUGUAUUAUGUCUACUUUAUGUGAAUAUUGGAUUUUUUUUAAAAGAUCACUUUUAUAAUAUAUGAAUUUAACAAUAAACUUUUAUAUUUCUACUAA